AUGGGCGAGGCAGCAGCACGCCGUUUCCAUCCCGAGUACAACACGGUCCAAGACGACGGCCACAUUCUCGAGUCGGAUGACGGCGUCUCUUUCCGUUUCAAGCUCCAGACCCUCGCCAAACACUCUCCAUUCUUCGCCGACAUUGCAGACCUCCCUACUCCUCAAGGGGAAGACGACGCUCGUGUAAUCCCUCUCCUGGGGAUAUCAAGUGAGGGGCUCAAACACACGCUCGAUCUUGUCGUUUGGGAAGAACUCGCAGCAGAUCCAGAGUGGAGGGAUUUGCACGAGGCAGAAUAUCCUCUCCUCCCAAUCGACUCCUCGCUGCACCUUGUUGACGACUGUAUCACCCUGGCCACACUGUAUGACCUACGUCUCGGCUUUGAUCAGAUCAUCAGGAACUCGCACAAUCUGUUCAAAGACAUCGCCUUGUUCGAGUUGACUGUUCAAGCCAUCGAUCGGGCCCUGCGCGACCAAGGUGGCGACACGACAUGGGUUAUCGUCCCGCUCAUCGACAAGCACGGCGGCCUAACUAUCGCGUCGGUUUGUGACAUCCAUCGAUGGUCCAUCGUCCAACUCAGCCGCCACGCUCGACCAGUUUACGAUGCGAUCGUGGGCUUCUUCCGCCGCCGCGAUCAGCUACUGCAAGAGAUGAACCUGUUCAACUCGACCCACAACGCCCCAGUCAUCGGCUGUCGCGACUGCAAGACUCGCACCGUAUGCCCGGGCAUGUUUCCUAGCCGACCAGCCCUGGUAUGA